CCGUGUUCCCCGUGCAUGAUGUGUGCUCCAAAUUCCACAACGACGGCGAGUCCGUGGUCGUCCUCAACCACAUUGCACUAUCAAGUGGCCUCCGAGCUGAAAACUAACAACAAAACAUCCCUCAGUACCACCAGCUUCCAAGACUCAAACCCAGAGCUAUCCAUGGCAGAGCACGCACGAGGCUCCCAAAUCCUUCUCAUCUACCUCUGCCUCUGCCUCCUGCUACUAUCCUCAGUGCACCUGGCGAUGAGCAGGGACCUCUAUGACGACUUCGACGACAGCUUUGCCGACGAUAGCUUCUCUGAUGAGGUGCCACCGGCAGACGGCUACGACAAUAUGGACGACAGCUUCACUGACGAUAACUUCUCUGAUGAGGUGGCACCGGCAGAUGGCUACGACAACAUGGACGACAGCUUCGCCGACGAUAGCUUCUCUGAUGAGGUGGCACCGGCACGGCGCCUGUAUGACAACAGCUUCAAUGUGCUCAACAGCUCCUCCUCCUCCAACAGGUCUGGCGCGGCCUUCUGCAAGCUGCUGUCCCUGCAGAUACUGGACCUGUCCAACAACAAGCUCACCGGAGAGCUGCCGGACUGCUUGUGGGAGAUGCAGGCUCUGCAGUUUGUGGACCUAUCAAACAACUCUUUCUCGGGUAAGAUCCCCGAAGCCCCAUCGACCCACAACUGUUCUCUAGAAUCGCUCCAUCUUGCCGGCAAUAGCUUCACUGGAGAAUUUCCAAGUGUCGUUAGGGGAUGCCAGCAGCUGGCCACUGUUGAUAUUGGGAACAACAUGUUCCAUGGUGAUAUUCCUCGUUGGAUUGGAAGCGGUGCUCCAGCACUGAAAAUCCUUAGACUUAGUUCAAACAACUUCACUGGUCAAAUUCCUCCGGAGUUAUCACAUCUUUCACAACUUCAGUUGCUAGAAUUGGGCGACAAUGGAUUGACAGGGUUGAUCCCAAUAGAGUUGGGAAGCUUAGAGUCCAUGAAGAAUCCGAAAAUUAAUUCAAGUACAGGAUCGCUAGAUGGGUCCACCUAUCAGGAUAGAAUUGACAUCGUCUGGAAGGGACAAGAGCUGAUAUUUCAAAGAAUACUUGAGCUGAUGACGGGCAUUGAUUUGUCAGGCAAUUCACUGUCGCAUUGCAUCCCUGAAGAGUUAACCAAUCUCCAAGGCCUCCGAUUUCUGAACCUGUCAAGAAACAAUAUGUCAUGUACCAUUCCUAAAAACAUUGGUAGCCUCAAAUAUCUUGAGUCCCUUGAUCUUUCCUGGAAUGAACUUUCAGGACCCAUUCCUCCAAGCUUGAGUAGUUUGUCAUCCCUGAAUACAUUGAAUCUCUCAAACAACCAUUUGUCAGGCAAGAUACCUACCGGGAAUCAACUUCAGACACUCAUAGACCCAUCGAUUUACAGCAACAAUCCUGACCUCUGUGGACCUCCUUUGAACAUUUCAUGCGAAGAUCCGUCACACGCAUUUGAUGAGGGAAAUGGCGGAGAAUUCCAGGACCAAUGGCUGUACUACUGUGUGAUCGCUGGAAUUGUUUUUGGAUUCUGGCUGUGGUAUGGGAUGCUCUUUUCCAUUGCGAAGCUGAGGUAUUCUGUUUUCUUGUUUGUUGAUCGCAUGCAAUACAAAACUAUGCAAAAGGUGCGGCCUAUCAAUCGUUUUCUUUCAAAAGAAAAGAGUGAUCCAUCUUCUGUACCUAUGUUUUCGACAAGUGAUACAAGCUGAAGAAUGGAGUAAUGAUAUCUUCUCUACUAUACCUAGCAAUCCAAUCUUCUCUUUUUUUUCUCCCCUACUAGUACAACAGGAGAUUUGCUGCCUUUCUUUGUAUGCUUUAAGAUGUAAUGCUGAGAGGAGGCCAUAAGGAUUAUAGUCAACUGUUAUAUUGCAAUUUCAGUAAAAAAACAUUAUAUGUUUAAGGAGAUUUGCUGUCUUUCUUUGUA